UUUACAGUUAUCGAUAAACCAUCGAUAAGUCGUCAAAAACAUUCUAAAGUUAAAUUUGUCAAAAUUUAUGCAGAUAGACUUCUAGUAAAUAUCUAUCAUUUUCGAUGACAGCUUCGUAACGUUUAUAGUUCGGUAUACAUAGAUAUAUUGUGGGAAAUUUAAUGAAAAUUGUUAAUGAUGUUUAAAAACUACACAGAUAUAUGCGAUGUUGUGUCUCUUCUUAUUUACUGUCCCACAGAACGAUCGUAUUUGGUCACUAAAGAAAGUAACGGCGAGUUCUGGAUACCUUGUAGCAAGAGCGAGAAAAAUUGCUGGAAAUUUACCGCGCAUAAGAUCCAUUUUGAGAUUCUUGGUAUGGACACGUCGUCGGAAUGCAGUCCUUUAAGAAUUUACAAGAUUUGGCUCCCAAAACAUCGGAAGAGAUGUGUCUACCACGCGGUUUACAAAGUGGCCAUCAAAGCUGAUGUAAAGAAGAGAGCUAAACUGCGACCAAGUAACCGGAAUCGACUUCAGUGGUUGACGUCGUCUGAGCUGGAGCGCCAGCGAGCACAUGCCACCUUGCGGAGCCCUGAGCUAUCGCUGUUUGCUCAGCUAGCCAGUGGAGAUGUCCUCAGAGGCAAUGAGAUGGACACCGGAAUGAUAGUGGAAAUCUGCGAAGAAAACGUCGUGGUAGGCUGUGACGUGGCGGGUGGUGCCGUCGCACUGUCCACACCGUACUGCAAACUAAUACAAGCCGCGAACUACACCAGAGAUGACCAAGUGCUUUUGUAUCGUGAAUUCUUAUCGUUGGUAUUUCCUGCGUUAUACAUGAGCCCCAAAAUAUUCACGAGAUUCAUGGUCGACGGAGGCUGGCAGAGAGCCAAUUGUCUCAGUCUGUUCAGGGCGGCGGAUAUAAGUAACCGCGGUGGCUUGUCGUUCAUGGAGAUGUUGCUGUGGACGGCGGCAGUGGAGCCCGAGACGACGCACGAGGAGGUAGCCGCGGAGAUGCGCUGCAAAUAUAUAUUCAGAUACUUCGACGGAAACCGCGACUGCCAACUGGAAUAUGUAGAACUGAAGGAGUUGAUCGCGGCCGCGCGGACGGCGUGCGGUCUCAUCGCCGACUCGCUCAGUGUGGCCAAAGAAGCCGACCAUUGUCUUAGAGAGUUGUGUCUGUCCGGAGCCGCGCUGCUCCCCCUCGAGGAGUACCUGCGGUGGGCGGUCAGUGACUGUCCCGGUGCAGCCUCUCUGCUGAGGGCUCCCGUCUCCUGCAUCGCGCGUCUCCGGGAUCUACACUAUCUACAAGAACAGAUACAAAGUCCGGUGCCUACGUCUAAGGAGACUUUGGAACCGGAUGAAGAUGUUACGGGCAACUCAAACGUUGCGAUCGAAUCGUCCGAGCCCACGGCGCCUGUGACGGCUGCGAGUGGAGAAUAUUCAUUGGCCACGUGCGUAGUGCACCUCAGAAGAGAAGCUGGGCCUGAGAUACAGCAUCUCAACAGUUUUGAGGAGGAUGCAGUGAGCUCAUCAACAGCCCGCCUAGUAUCUCUGUACAGUAACUCUCUCGACCUCCUCGGAGACGGCACUGCCCCGACAGAGGCCUUCGCGGCAGUGCAUUACUUCGCCUCCGCCAUCGACAAGCCUGCCAACAGGCGCGUGUCGGGCGGCGGGUCAGUGGCGGUCACUAAGUCAGCGUUCUCGUGGGUGGAGGCGGGCGAGGGAGCGGCGCUGGGCGCGAGGCUGCUGCGGCUCGCGGAGCGCGUCCGGCCGCUGUGUCUCAAAGAACCGAGGCUACUGUCACUCAGCUCACCUGUUUACGCUAUAGGAGAUUUACACGGGAACCUCGCCGCUCUUCUGGCCAUGGAAGCAGUCCUUUGGCCCAACGGCACGGCUCUGAUGCCGGGCGGCUUGUUGUUCUUGGGGGACUAUGUCGAUAGAGGUCCGCACGGUACAGAACUAUUGACUUACUUGUUUGCCGCAAAAGUACAAAGACCAGACGCGAUACAUUUGUUAAGAGGAAAUCACGAAACUAGAGAAAUACAGAAAAUGUUUACUUUUUAUAAUGAAUGUAUUGAAAAAUAUGGCGAAGUCGAAGGCUUGCGGGUCUGGAACGCUGUGAACGACGUGUUUGACGUUCUACCACUGGCGGCCAUCGUCGACGGGAAGGUGUUCUGUUGUCACGGCGGCAUCCCCCCGCCCUGGGUGUGUCCUCUGGCGGCCGGCGUGAGUCGUGUGCCGGCGCCCCUGCCGCGACCCGCCGAGCAGAGCGCCCUGGCCUGGGAACUCUUGUGGAAUGAUCCCGUCGACGAGUCCAAGGCGCCGGCGGCCGUGGUGCUGGAGCUGAACUCGUCGGAAGGCUUCGCGCGCAACUGGCGGCGAGGAGUCGGCCACGUGUUCAGUGCGCGAGCUCUGCGGCGGUUCCUCAAACACAACCGGCUCAGCGCCGUGCUGAGGGCGCACCAGCUACACUCCAGGGGAUUCAUGAUCCAGUUGGGCGGGCGGCUGGUGUCGGUGUUCUCGUCGUCUCACUACUGCGGCGGGAACAACUCCUCGGGGGUGGCGCUCCUCCAGCGGUCCGUGCUGCGACUUCUGCAGGUCGAAGACUGACCGAAACACACACACACACACGUGACUCCAGCUUUGCUCCUCACCCGCGAACCCUCACACUGAUCACGUAGAUAACAAAUGACAGUGACGAGCGAACGACUUGUUUUAGAAAAUAUAUAUACCAGUCAAA